CGCGACUCUUGUCAAGGUGCGGGGUAAAGGUACAUACAGAGACACAGGGAAGAGCGCGGACCAAAUACACUUCAACAGCCUUUUCUCCGGACGUCAAAUAAGAGAAACAGGGAUAAUGUCCUUUAGCCGGAAAAACUGGUCUGCUUUGUCAUCGCUGACUCGACAGUGGACUGUGGAGGAUGAGGAAGAGGUGGAGAGAGAGAAGAGAAGGAAGACAAGGGGCUCGAGCACUUCCGCAGACACGGACGAAAGUCCCACUGAAGAGAUCAAACUGCAGACCAGUAGUGUUAGCGGGACUGUUGAAGCUGGUGACUCCAGUGGCGACUCUGGUGGCGGUCUGGCCCAGCUACAGAUGGACUUUGUGGAGAUGCUGCGAGUCCGUGAUGAGCGGCGGAGGAUGAGGCACGUGGAGACUCUGAGGAAGCACAAGGAAGGAGAGGAGGGGGACAUAGAGGACAACUUGGACAGGGAGCCUCAUGUUGAGCUGCUGGGGGAGAAGCAGGACGAUGAGCUCAGGGAUAAUGUUCAGUGCUGCAAGGAGGCCCUUGUUUUAUCAGAGCCCUCAGACACGCAUGAGAAGCGAAAUGGAAGCACAAACCAAGAUUCAACAUCACUUACUCCCACAAAAUCCUCUCGAAAAUUUGUGAGCUCUGUCUCCAUCUCCUUCGAUAAGAGUCCCUCAUCACCACCAGCAACCAGCGGAGUGUUUUCUCCUCUGAGCCCCAGGUCUCCACCCACUCAGGAUUCUGAGGUGGAGCCAUCAUAUAGCCCCACCCACUCAGGCUCUAUGAGCCCCACACCAAAUGGAGACACACUGACACAUGAAAAUGGGUCACCUAGCAAUUUUGAGCCAGCCCCAAAACCUGCAUUCACACGGCAGAGCUCCAGAACAGCGUCUUUCAGGAUGAUGAGGAAGAAGGAGGAAGAAAGGAUGCCGAUGCAGAGAAGUGCAAGUAUGCGAACUUCAGCGAAGACUUUUGAAUCUAAUAAGCUUGCUCUGUUAAACACACAGAGCCCGGAACAAGAGGAUGAACAGCAGUCCCCAUUUCAGAGAAACUCCGGACAAAGAAUAUCAUCUAGAUCCAUUCAGGAGAAAAUGGAAAGACUGUCUCAAGCAUCACAGAAAUGGCAGAUUACCAAAUCGCCGAUAGUUCAUAAGACGGUGUGUUUAGCAGAUGAAGUGUCACGGAAGAGGGAGCUCUUUGAGAAAGAACAGGAGGGCUCGGAGAAAAUUAAUUUGUUCUCCAAACAGGACUUUCGCAGUUUUUCUUCUGGAAUUUCUGAUCGAGUCAAUCGUUGGGUUCAGAAGAAAACAUUUACUGUGUCACCAUCUCAUUGUCCUUCGGAUCUAAGACAUGUGAACAUUUCCAGUAAGAAAAGUUUGUUUGAAAGAGGACAAGAACAGGACCAUAAGUGACAUUCUCAUUGCUAAAGGUAAGAGUCUGAAGAUCUUGACAGAAGCAUGAUUGCCAAACUCUUUCAGACAGUCAGUGCCAAGGAUUGUCUCUAAACUCCUUAUUUUUGUGUCUUUACUUUGGCUAAUAAUUCCUCUGCACUUUUCACGACAUUGUGCUGAUUUACAUUCUUUGAUAAAUUAAAGGCUUGUUUUAUUAUUUGUAGCAUUUAGAAUGUUUAUACUGAUUGAUUUUGGAACGCAACUGUAACUUAAUAAUGAUGUCUUUGUAAACAAAAUAAGAUUUGAGUUUUUCAAAAUGCUCUUCCUCUCGUCUCAAAAUAUUAACAUCUCAGGGAUUAUUUCACCUAAAUUCUCAGGAUUAUAACCAUACUACCAUCUUGUUACUCGAUAUACGCUGUCAUGUGAGUUAUAAGAGGAAGAGGUGUAGUCAGGGCAUAACUCAGAAUAGUACAGCUGUAAUGUCCUGAAUGUCCUGAAUUGUUUAACCUUCUCGAAAUAAGCGUUAAUGUUUCAUAUUUCAUGAAUCUGGGAAAUCAUGUGCUGAAGCUGACCUAUGCAUUCUGUUUGCUGUUGCCAGAGUCUCAAGUCACAAUAUGAAAAUGUAAUUUAAUGAAGAAAUGUCAGAACGGACAUGCCCUUUUAAGCCCUUUGCUUACUAACUCAGGAAAGGUUUCAACCAUUGCAAUCCAACAAGAGCCUACGUUUCUUUCUUUUUCUUUUUUUUUUUUUUCUUUAAACAAACCUUAAUGUAAUUAUGGCUUCUGCCUAGAAGGGUUAUCUUGCAGAUGAAUAAAAUGUUUUAUA